GAGGGGAAAGAGCCCGUGCGCUUGGCUGGAACCCAAGAUGGCGGCGGGGAUGUACCUAGAGCACUACCUAGACAGCAUUGAGAAUUUGCCCUUUGAGCUGCAGAGAAACUUCCAGCUCAUGAGAGACCUAGACCAACGAACAGAAGAUCUCAAAUCAGAGAUUGAUAAACUGGCCACAGAAUAUAUCAGUAAUGCACGGACGUUGUCUUCAGAGGAGAAACUGGGGCUCCUCAAGCAGAUCCAAGAGGCCUAUGGGAAGUGCAAGGAGUUCGGCGACGACAAAGUGCAGCUUGCAAUGCAGACGUAUGAGAUGGUAGAUAAGCACAUCCGGCGACUGGACACAGAUCUCGCCCGGUUUGAAGCUGACUUGAAAGAGAAGCAAAUAGAGUCAAGUGACUAUGACAGCUCAUCUAGUAAAGGCAAAAAGAAAGGCCGGGUCCAGAAAGAGAAGAAAGCAGCCCGUGCUCGCUCCAAGGGGAAGAAUUCUGACGAGGAGGCGCCAAAGACAGCCCAAAAGAAGCUGAAACUAGUCCGCACCAGCACAGAGUACGGGAUGCCUUCAGUUACCUUUGGAAAUGUGCACCCCUCCGAUGUGCUGGACAUGCCUGUGGACCCCAAUGAGCCCACCUACUGCCUCUGCCACCAGGUCUCCUAUGGGGAGAUGAUUGGUUGUGACAACCCUGAUUGCUCCAUUGAAUGGUUCCAUUUCGCUUGUGUGGGCUUGACAACAAAGCCAAGAGGGAAAUGGUUCUGCCCUCGCUGCUCCCAGGAGAGGAAGAAGAAAUAAAAUCUGCGUGUUCCGAGGUCCAGAUGUGGUUACCAGAACACCCACCCCUACUCCUGGGCUUCAGCACCCUUUUCCCAGUUCCUGGGGCUUCAUAGUUAGGGGGGGUCUCAUCCUGGGUGUGCAGAGCUACCUGUGAAUGGUUUGUAUCCAUAUGAUGGUUCCUGCGUGUACUGAAACACUCACUGCUUCCCAGUUCCUCUGUGGCGGCAACCCUUGAGGGGACGAUGGAGUAAGCCCUCUUCGUUCUUACCACCUUUUACCCUGCAUAGGUUCCAAAGCUUGUAUUAGCUCGGAGGAACCCAGACUUGUUGGUGGAAGAAGGAACGACACCUGAACAACAGAAGAAAUAAAACAUUUCCUCCAAAAGUUUCUCAUUUGGGUCCCAGAAGAGAGGGGCAACCAGGUCAACCCCUUGUUCAGUAAGUUGGGUAAGAAGAUGGGCCUCUCAUG